UUUUGCUUCGUCUACCUCUCGCCGCCGUUUUCCCCCCAAAACCCGCGACGACGAAAACCCUAGCCGUCGCCGGAAUGUCGAAGGCCGAGGCCGCCGCCGCCGGCGACGCCGCCAAGCCCGACCCGGAGAUGGGAGUCGCGGGGGAGAAGGAGGUGGUUGCGGAGAAGGCACCGGCGAGGAGGAAGGUAGCGGCGGAGGAGGAGGACCCGCGGCUGCGGUGGGCGUUCGUGCGGAAGGUGUACUGUAUCCUGGCGCUGCAGUUCGCCGUCACGGCGGCGAUCGCCGUCGUGGCGUGGGCCGUCCGCCCCAUCCCGCGCUUCUUCGCGGCGGGCUCCCUCGCCUCGUGGCUCGUCUACCUCGCCAUCCUCCUCUGCCCCUUCAUCGUGCUGUGGCCGAUGCUCAAGUACAGGGAGAAGCACCCCGUGAACCUGCUGCUGCUGGGCCUCUUCACGCUCUGCGAGAGCCUCACCAUCGCCGUCUGCUCCUCGACCUUCCUCGGUAAAGUGGUUCUGCAAGCAGCAAUCCUAACGGCGGUUGCUGUCAUCGGCCUCACCAUUUUCACAUUCUGGGCAGCCCACAGGGGCCAUGAUUUCACCUUCAUGUAUCCCUUCCUGGCCGCCAGCCUUCUGGUGCUUCUGGCAUACCUCAUCAUUCAGAUCUGUUUCCCUCUGGGGAGGGCUGGCAUGACGAUCUACGGCUGCCUCGCCACCGUGCUGUUCUCCGCCUUCAUCGUCUUCGACACCAAUCAGCUGAUCAAGCGCCACACCUACAACGAGUACGUCAUCGCCGCCAUCUCGCUGUACCUCGACGUCAUCAACCUCUUCAUGGCUCAGCUCUCGUUCUCCAUCUAAGUGGCACGCCUGUUCUUACGCCCUUCAACGGUUGUCCAGUACAUGGUGGUUCUUACAGCUGAAGAAACUUAGUUACAUUUACCUUACCUACCAUAUCCUACACUACUAUAUAUGCAGCGAGAAGUCUUGCAGAGCUGGAGACUCUGGACCUGUAAUUACUUAAUCAUCUCUAGCUAUGUUGCACUGUCGUUGCGCUGAUAGCACGAUAGAUAUAUUCUGGUACCUUUGAGACAUGUUUGCAGUGAUCUGCACUACAUCGGUUUAGAUCUAAUCAGUGGAGCGAAAAACUUCAAUGGAGAUGUUAAUUUCUCACAAAUCACUUGAUUUAAUCUGGGCCAUGAUCAAGCAA